ACCACGGUAGACGCGCAGCAAUAUCCCUUCCUCGUGAAAAAAUUGCCAGUAUUAUCGAUUUUUUGCUAGCGUAAUGGUGUUUUGAAUUUAGAAUAGAAAAAGUGUGAACGUCAAAGAGUACAAUUAGAUUCAAGGAUUUUUGAAAAAAGAACACUAAUUAACUUUUUAUGCCAGUACUUACUCCGAAAUAAAGUGUGUGUGUUAAUUUAUAGGUGUUUUAAAGUUCGCUGUUAUCAAAAUAACAUUGUUGUAUUAAGUGAAAAUUGCACAGAAUAUGCCGACGCUUCUCACUGAAAAGUUUCUUGCGAGGCUCUCGUGGUUUAGUGAGCAGUCAUCACCAUUCCGCCGGUGGACAACGGGCAGUGGCGCGGGCAGUUCCUAUAGGCAUCACGAGCAUCGCAAUAUUUAUAAUAAACAAAUGAGCGAAGGUGGCAGCCCUGGUGGCGGUAAAAGCGGCGGCGGAGUGGCGCGCUGGUCGCUCGGCCUCGAACACCUGCUUGCGGACUCGGCCGGCGCGGCUGCCUUUGCCCACUUUUUGGACAAGGAGUUUGCCGCGGAAAAUAUUAGAUUCUGGUGGUCCUGCGAACAGUAUCGAACGUGUUCGGAAAAUGAGUCAGAAAGCGUUGAAGUUCGCGCGUCGCUCGCGAAUGAAAUCUAUCAAAGGCAUUUAGGUGACAAAGCCCCAGAACCAGUGAAUAUAGACGCUUCUGCAAAACGGGCCACGGCGUUACGCCUGGAUCAGAGGCCACCUCCGGCUGAUUUGUUUAUUCAGGCUCAGAAACAAAUAUUCAACGUUAUGAAGUUCGACAGCUACCCACGGUUCCUACGUUCAGGAGUGCACGCUGAAUGCGCACGCGCAGAUCUACGUGGCUUGCCCUGUCCUUAUCUACCGCCGGCUGAGACUAAUAAAGUGAAAAAGUCGUCGUCUAACGCAUCAGAAAGACGUCGCAGCGGAGGCGGUUCCCUAUUGGGCUGGAGGCUGCGCUCUGUGUCAAGAGAUCGCGUUGAAGAAGAUACACCACCCACCACAGAUGUGGUUGCGGCCAGUCAAACGUUAUCUGGUGGUUGUUCACUUUGCCGUGUAGUGUUACCGGAUGGAGCGACAUCUGUGGUUGGUGUAGACGAGGGCGUGACUGUGAGAAGAUUAGUAGACCGUCUACUGCAAAGAAGAAACCUACUCUGUACUACUUACGACGUCCUGCUUGAUGAUCAGGGCGAAUCCCGCGUGAUAGACGCCGAAUCACCAUCGACAAUACUCUCGGGCAAGUGUGCGGUCGUAGAGAGACGUUGUGUCGUGCGCGUACGAAUCGGACCCCGCGCCGUGCUCGUUAGAUGUCGCCCCGCAAGGAGAUUACGUCAUGUACUAAGGCCGUUAUUGCAAAGAUACCCUCCAGAUGGAAAUGUGAGGAAUGUACCCACAGAUGCGCAGGUGUUGCAUCCUGAUACUUCUUUACAGGAAUUAGACGGCGCUCGGCUGCAAAUAGUAGAAUUCGGUGAAGGUGAAUGGCGCGCUGUGAGAAUUAACCAGAGAGGGGAAAGGGACGAUGACGGUGACUCCAUACCUGACGUCACUUUACGGCCUCACGAUGACGACACGCUGAGUAUAGACCGCACCUCUGGCAGUUCAGGAGGCUUUAGCGAGGCGUCACGUAAUGGGGUGAACACAGAUGGACCCAAUCCCCAGGCCUCUUUGUCUCAAGGCCCCGUACCCGCUAAUAGAGUUAGAGCUACUUUACGGCCCGGCCCACCCUUACAUCAUCACCCACCGCAUUUCUUAGAGAAUCUCCGUGAAACCCAGAGGCAGCGUCUGCAGCCGCGGACACCGCCGCCGCUUCCGCCUAAACCCACGCAACGCACAGCGCCCACUGUCGUCUGAACGCCGAAACAAUAUACUUGAAAAAUCGUGUACAAUCUUACGAUUCGUCGGAAAUGCCAUAUAAGUCCAUGAUGACGGAGUUAAAUGCAACAUUAUCUAACGAUAUAUGAAGAGGUUUCAAACGCCAAUAGCUGUAUGGACAUAUAGUGAUAACUGGGAACAACGCCAACUAGCUGUAAUGAAAGGAACAUGCCUGAAACGCACUGUUCCAAUCAUUGGAUCUGACGAGAUCAAAUUAUUUUGAAUACUAUUUUAUACAUUAAGUAUUUUUGUGACGUUAUUGUUAAGUGUAAUCUUAAAAGAUUGAUAGGCAUUUUUAUUUUAAUAAUAAAAAUCUUUUCAUAGACUUAUGCAAUCUCUUUUGAAAUCUGAUCAUUCCAAAUGUAUACCAGUGAAAUAAUAGAUAAGUGCUUUAAAUAAUAAAAACAUGAUUUACUUGGCAAUACAACAUAAUGUGGCUGGAUAAAUAUUGCUUUCUAAAAUGAAUACAAAUCAAAGUAUUAUAAUUGUUACUUUUUAUAGUUGAAAAUGAUCUACUAAUUUUGAAACAAUCUGUUAAAAUGCCAUUUUUAUUAGAUGUAUUUCAUAUAUCGAAAUGUAUUAUUAAUGUACAAAAUAUAAUCCUAUUAGUUAAAAUUUGUAAAUAAGAAAUAUAAAAUUUAAUUUAUAUUUGUAGAAUGUUUUGAUGUACAAUUAUUGCACUUUUAAGUCAACUGGCAUCUUAAUUAUCAUACAAAAUAACUAUACUUUGUAGAGAUUUAAAAGUUUUGAUACAAUAAAAGUGUUGCAAUUGA